AUGGCCGUUGCGGCGCGCAAAGGCCUCAUCAGCCUCGUCGUCCGCAACGCCGAGAGUAUGUACCAUCCGUUGGUGAACAAAAGGCGAUUCAGCACCGUCCAUCCACAAUCCAGUAGCAAGCCCACCCUUUACAUACCAACCGACUCAGCCCUGGCGGUCUUCAUCAAACUAGUCGACAAGAAGGACAAAGAAACAGUUACGUCUCUCGUUGCACUGGCUGAAAGAAUAUUGGCCUCAGAGAAGCAAACUCAAGAGGGAUUGCUCACCAUCAUAAAGAUGUCAAAUGAAAGGCAGGCGGAGGCAAACACGCAGAUCCUUAGGUUGACUUCUCGGUUGGCCCCCCGGGCUGCAUUUGAGUUUUAUGAGGAGCUCCGUAUGGUAAGCAGUAAAGGUCGAAAUCGAAAAGAGCGCUGGUCAAAUUACCUCGAAAAUAAUCCCCAAGUUGCCAAGCAGCUAAAGAGGAAUCUGGAGGAUCUUGACUUGCCAACACUGGCAAGUGAAUGUUACAGACUGCUAUCAGAAAAGUAA